CCUUAAACCAGCAGCAAAAAAAAAUACAACAAUAUCCGGCUUACCGUUACAGCAAAAUUCCAACAAGAAAUAUGCAGUCGCCAUUAAUGGACGCUUCAAUAACACACUGGAAAAUAGAUUCAGGCAUACGUUCGCUAGGGUUUCUUCAAUCUUCAUCUCCAUAUCUUCAAUUAACCGCUCUCCGCCACCCGUAUUCAUCAAACCUAAACCAUGACAAUCUCCGGAAAUUGAGAGUGACGUCAGCGAAGGGGAAGGAUAAUGUUUGGAGCAUCGAUAACGAUAACGCGAACGGAAGUCGCGGCCUAGAUCGGCGGAAGAACGGUGAUAGACGGAGGAUGAAGCGACGGAAUUCGACGGUGAAGAGACCGAGAGGGAGAGCUAGUGGUGAAGGAGUUAGGGUUUCCGGUCCGAUGUUGAUUGAGACAGAGAAGGUUUUGCAGACUCAGGAACCUGUAAUCAUGCCACUAUGGAACACAUUUGCAAGUAGUGUUAGUGGCAUAUGGAAGGGAGCAGGAGCAGUGUUCUCACCUAUCACUGCUCAGAUGGAACCCAUUGAGGUUGGAAAAAACAACGAGCAUCAAUUCGACUGCUACACUCUUUCUCGUGUUGAGGCAGUACCUUCAAAAGAUGGCUCUCAUAUUCGAAGGACAGUGAAUUGGGUGACCUUGAAUCCUUACGGUGAAAAUAAACAGUUGCACAAGCGUGGAAACAAAAGUAAAGAGACGUAUGUACAAGAGGAUGCAUCUUUAUCCACCAUAGAAGCACUUGGUGGAAGUAAGACAAACCACAUACUGCCAAAAUUUGAGUCUUUUAACUUUGAAACAAGUGAUGUGAUGGAAGAAGAUCUUAUGGGUAUGGAGCCUGGUCUUGUGUUUUUUGAGGAUGGCUCUUAUUCGAGGGGUCCAGUUGACAUACCUGUUGGAGAAGUUAAUGAUUCCAACUACUUUCUAUCCCCAACGUUCAAGUUUGAGCAAUGUUUGGUUAAAGGUUGCCACAAGAGACUACGCAUCGUUCAUACCAUAGAGUUCAGUGAUGGGGGUUCGGAUAUCCAGAUCUUGAGGGUUGCUGUUUACGAAGAGCAAUGGGUCAGUACUGCUCAUCUUGCUGACAAAAGUGACGUGGACUUUGACGUGAAACCAUUUUCUCAACGAAAAAGAGUUCAACCCUCGGAAUUAACGGGAUUCUGGAAGGUAUUUGAGACAAGUGCGACACCAGUUUAUGAAGACGAAACAAUUAGAGAAGAAAACGACGACCCACCGUACGUCUACCUUUGUACAGAAACAUUAAAGAAAAGAAACUUGCCUGAGAGUGCGGUCUACUUUGGCGAGGAAGAAGUGUUAGACAUGGUGGAUGUCACAAUGCUUUGGUUGCCGGGAGGUGUCACGGGUUACGUUGAUGUUAAAAAAGACGGGAUCUUGUGUAUUGGUGUCGGGUGGUAUUCCGAUGAAGGAAUUAAUCUUGUCAUGGAACGGGAUUAUGGAAUCGAUGGGAAGCUUAAAGAGGUACGAUCUAAAACCGAAGUCAAGAGAAGGUGGUCCGAACCACCUAUAUUCUAAGCUCUGUUAGGUUUACAGUUGCGGAAACAAACUAAACUUUGUCUUGGUCCAGCAAAGAGCAUUGUUCAUUCUUUACAGCCUUUCGGUCUUGACGUGUUAGUAUUUCAUAAUCACAGAAGAAAUGACACAAAAUAUAAUAACCCAAAGUUGUUACAGAUCGAAGAUUUAUCCCUAAUGAUUUAAAUAUUGAUUAAAGUACAGCAGUAAUUUUUAAAACUAUAUACUGUAUCAGGUUGAUUUUAGUAUCAUGUUUUCUGCUUCAUCUUAGAAACAUGUUACAAAAAGAAAUGUGAAUGGCCGUUGAAUGAAAAAUAGUAACAAAGAAAUGUGA